GAUGCACUUCUAGAUGAGCUGCACAGCACAACAAACAACAUAUCGUCAUACCAACAGCAUCAACAGAGACUUGCCUCACAAUCUGGGAGCCUCACAGGAGACUAUAGUACUAUCCCAGACUCCCCUAGUCACACCAAUGGAAAUGACAGUCUAGAUAGUCAACAGCCAAUAUAUGAAGUACAAACAAUAAAGACUCAGCAGACAGCAACACAAAAUCAGAGCAAUUACGACAGCCAAGCGCAACCACAAGGGCAUUACCCACACCCACAGCCCCCACCCCCACAGGCAGUGCAAGCACCACCCCCUGCGUCACCCCAGAAGAUGACGACGUUAAGUAAUAACCUAUCUGAACUGGAUAUGCUGCUGCAGGAUCUGAACUCUGCACAGUUCUUAGCAGAAGUUGAUAGAAGAAAUACAGCCAAUGUCCAGCAGUCGCCCCCACCUGUACAAGAUGGCCGCCCUUCAGUGGAUAACCUGCUCGAUGACCUUCAACGCUCAGUUCCAGCUUCCCCUUAUAGUACUGUUAACCAGGCCAAAGCAAUGAACCAGUCACCAAUGCAUCAAACAAAAACAGUCAGAACUGUUACCACGACAACUGUUCAUAAUGACAACCAACAACAGGGCUUGCCUCCUCAACAACAGGGCAUGUCUUUACAGCAACAGGGCAUGGUUUCUCAACAACAGGGCAUGUCCCAGCAACAGGGCAUGUCUCAGCAACAACAGGGCAUGUCUCAAGGUUAUGCUGCAGUUGGUCAAGUUUCUCCUCCAGUUCAGGGAAGUUACGCUGCUGUUGGACAAGUGUCGCCACCUAUGCAAGGCACAUCGGGACCAGCUGCGUCCACGGCAACGAGAGAACUUGAUGACCUCAUGAACUCUUUAUCUGAAUUUAAAAUCAAUGCCAACAAGGGACCAGCUCCCCAGCAUGUUGGAGAACCAGCGUACGCUCUGCCAAAUAAGGCGCGUGUCACAUCCCAGGAUGCAACAGGGAGCUCCAUGUCCGCAACAACAUCCUCGUCCCAACAUACUAAUGCCGUGCAGGGUGGUGGGGGUGGCGCUGGGGAAGGAGGCGCAGCAAUGAUGCAUAGCCAGGUCCAGCAUGUCCACCAGGGGGCAGUAACGAGUCAGGGCCCCCGUGGUAGCCAACAAUUGGACACGAUGCUAGGCAACCUACAGUCUGAUAUGAACAAACAUGGUGUAGCAACUAUACCAAAAGGUCAUUGUGCAGCAUGUAGCAAACCCAUAGUGGGACAGGUGAUUACUGCGCUCGGCCGCAUCUGGCAUCCUGAACAUUUUACGUGCGUCCAGUGCCACGAAGAACUGGGGACCCAGAACUUCUUUGAAAGGGACAGCCUUCCGUACUGUGAGAAGGACUACCAUCAAUUGUUCUCCCCACGCUGUGCAUACUGUGGAGGUCCCAUACUGGAUAAAUGUGUGACAGCCUUAGACAAGACAUGGCACCCUGAGCAUUUCUUCUGCGCCCAAUGUGGUCGACCAUUCAAUGAUGAAGGUUUUCAUGAGAAAGAGGGGAAAGCCUUUUGCAGGGAAGACUAUUUCGAGAUGUUUGCUCCAAAAUGUGGAGGUUGUAAUCGACCAAUCAUGGACAACUAUAUCUCGGCUCUGAAUCGCCAGUGGCAUCCAGAGUGUUUCGUUUGUCAGGAAUGUCGAAUCCCAUUUGGGGGUGGCAGUUUCUUUGACCACGAUGGGCUUCCUUAUUGUGAGACCCAUUACCAUGCAAGGCGGGGAUCGCUAUGUGCUACCUGUAACAAACCAAUCACUGGCCGUUGCAUCACCGCCAUGUACAGGAAAUUUCAUCCUGAACAUUUUGUCUGUGCGUUCUGCUUGAAGCAACUGAACAAAGGAACGUUUAAGGAGCAGAAUGACAAGCCGUAUUGUCAUCCAUGCUUCGUCAAGUUGUUCAGUUAAUUCCUGAAAAUUCAGGAAUCCUCCCUGGAAAUUCUGAAAGGAAACCACUGUAAUGUGAUGCUGUUCAUAGUAAUAAUAGUCAUAUUCAAAUUUGAAGAACUUGUACACUCUAUUUCACCGUGAUUAUUACAAUGAAAAUUACGCUGUUUUUAGAUUCAUAAUUUUGGAAUACAUCACAUCACAUUAAAACAGGAUUAUUACUUCUGGGACAACCCUCGU